UCAUUUCAUUUCAAAACAUAUUAAAGUAAUUUGGUUUGUCCUUUGAAAAUGAAUUUCAAUCUUGGAGAUUGUUCUAAUAAUAAUGAUGAAGAUUUUUCUUCUUCGUCAUCAUCUUCGUUAGAUUUGGAUUUUUUUCCUAGUACAGAACACCAUGAUAAUUUAAUAAAUCAACUACGUAUGAACAACUACAUGUUCCAACAAGUUCUACAAAACCAUACUAAUGAAGUUUUCAUAGGUGGCUCCAUUCCAGGUCAUGUGGUAAUCAAUCGUGAUCGUGAGGCGGCAGAUGAUAAUUUAUUUCGUGAUUAUUUUUCAGCCACACCACGCUUUAAUGAUGCAAUAUUUCGCCGUCGUUAUAGAAUGUCCCGCAAUUUGUUUCUUCGUAUCGUUGAUGCAAUUAAAGAUCACGACACGUACUUUGAACAACGCAUUGAUGCACUAGGUAGAUUUGGAUUAUCUACUUUGCAAAAAAUUACUGCUGUGUUUAGAAUGUUGGCAUAUGGUUUGCCAGCGGAUGCCACUGACGAAUACGUGAAAAUUGGAGAGUCAACUACGAUUGAAAGUAUGAAGAGAUUUUGUCGAGCUAUUGUAGAGGUUUUUGGUGAGCGAUAUUUGAGAUCACCAACACCUAACGAUGUUGCGAGGCUUCUACACAUUGGUGAGCAACGUGGUUUCCCAGGAAUGUUAGGUAGUCUAGAUUGCAUGCACUGGAAAUGGAAAAAUUGUCCAACGGCAUGGGCUGGGCAAUACGCAGGUCGUAGUGGAUCACCAACAAUUAUUCUUGAAGCUGUUGCUGAUUAUGACCUUUGGAUAUGGCAUGCUUAUUUUGGUUUGCCUGGCACCAAUAACGAUAUUAAUGUUUUAGAGUCAUCACAUUUAUUUUCCAAUCUUGCUAGCGGUAUUGCGCCUCCCGCCCAUUAUGUUAUUCAAGGAAAAGAAUACGAUAUGGGUUAUUAUUUAGCUGAUGGUAUAUAUCCUAAAUGGUCUACAAUUGUUCAAACUAUUCGUGAUCCUCAUUCCCAACAAAAGAAAUAUUUCGCGAUGAAACAAGAAUCGUGCCGAAAAGAUGUUGAACGUGCAUUCGGAGUUUUGCAAUCACGUUUUGCAAUUAUUGCAGGACCGUCACGUUUUUGGAGAAAGGAAGUGCUACAUGAUAUAAUGACUACAUGUAUUAUACUGCACAACAUGAUAAUUGAGGAUGAACGUGAUCUUAAUGCACCAAUUCAAGAUGCCAUAGAGGCUCCAACUCCAACUAUUGAAAUGGUGGUAGAUGAAAAUCUCCGGUUUGAACAAUUUUUAGCUAGACAUAAAAAAAUUAAGGACAAAAAUGCUCAUUUUGAACUCCGUAAUGCAUUAAUAGAGCAUUUAUGGGAGCAACGUAAUAAUUUUGAAAAUUGAGUGUUUAUGUAAUUGUAUGUCACUUUUAUUUGAAUUUGUCCCCUAAUUUAUGUAUUAUAUUAUAUUU